CCUAUAUGCACUUCCGGUCGACAUCUUCCUAACGUGCAACUUUCCGGUUCCGGUUUUAUGAUAUCACCUGACAUAAAAUGGCACAUACAGCACAGAAAGGAAAAUUAAUAGCCGUUAUUGGCGAUGAGGACACGUGUACAGGUUUCCUGUUAGGAGGCAUCGGAGAGAUCAACAAAAAGAGAGAAGCUAACUUUUUGGUUGUCAACAAAAACACGAGUGUUAUGGAGAUUGAGGAGCACUUCCGUGAAUUCAUCAAGCGACCUGAUAUUGCUAUUAUCCUUAUCAACCAAAAUGUAGCAGAGAUGAUUCGUCAUGUGAUAGAUAACCACACAGAUCCAAUACCAGCUGUUCUAGAGAUCCCCAGCAAGGAAUGCCCGUAUGAUGCCAGUAAAGACUCUAUCCUCAGGCGUGCAAAGGGUAUGUUUUCAGCUGAAGACUUUAGAUGAGGUGUGGGAACAACUAGCUAGAAUACCCCAAUAUCUGCUUGGACGUCUAAAUAAUAAUCAAGAAAACAUUUCCAAAUGUAGAAAGAUCUUCUUUUUUUACAUGAAUUACGCUUGUCAAUAUAGUUAAGAAGAAUGAUUUUAUUUCAAAAACUGGUGUGAAUUAUGUGAGAAAGAUGUGUUCAUUUUGGCACAGUAAACUGGUGUGAAUUAUGUGUGAAAGAUGUGUUCAUUUUGGCACAGUAAACUUUUAUGCCAUAAUGGAGUGAUAAUGCAUUUUAGUGUAUUCAGAUUUAUUUGUUAUUGUUCUUUCUAUUCAAUUUACUAUCAACACUUUGCACCACUUGUUACAGUAUUUAUUAUUGAAAAGUUGAACAUGUGAAUUUGACCACUUUACAAUAAAUAAUAGUGAUUAUUUAUUAAAGGUAAAAUUUACCCAGUCUCAGAAAAUCAUUAAUGCAUGAGCGUUAAGUAUCAAUGCAGAUUGCAAUCGAUUGGCCUGUGCAGUCUUCAUGGAUUUUUAGUGUAAAAGACACUUCAUUUAAACAAAUUUUUCAUAAAAGCAGAACGAUUUGUCCCUUAUUAGCUUUUGUAGACUGAAAUAUUUUUAAUGAUUAUUUAAUUUCUAGUCUACCUGUAAUAAUUAUUAAACCAGUAGCAAUAUUAUUGUUAAUAUCCAUUGUAUGUAUAUUUUCUAUGUGUUUUGUGUAUUUUUAGAUGUUUUAGAUAAACAAGUAUGCACAAUUAUAUAACAUUUUGCUGCAUUUUGUAAUUAACAUGAAAGGUUUUCAUGUAAUUUCUAAGAAUGCUAAUAAAAGUAUUGUGCAACA